AUGCCCAGCGGUCAGGGAUACGAGUACAAGAGCUCCGGCACCAACAGCCAGGCACGACUUCUCCGAAACCGCCGAGCGACUGUGCCCGUGACAAGGCGAGCGGGCAACCACUACUGCGCCCGUGACUACGGCAGCAGCGCGUCCAACCCCAACUCGUAUCACUACUCCAACACCGAUGGAUCGUACUACUACUCCAACCCCAACGGCAGCACCUACUACAACGACGGCGCCGGCGGCUCGACCUACACCUCGUCCAGCGGCGAGAGGAGCUCUUCCGGCUCCGGCUCCGGCUCCGGCUCCGGCAGCUCCGGUAAGAAGUGA